UAAAAAUUUCCGUGACUGAAUAAAAGCGAAAGGUAAAAAAAAGGAAAAGAAAUGAAGAGCAUCUUCUUCUCGGCAUCACAGCUCCUCUCAAGAUCAGCGGUUCUCUUCGUCACAGCUCGCUCCCCUGCUUCCCCGUCGCGACACGUUUCACUCCGGCUCUCCCUCUCCUGCAACUCCGCCUCUCUUUUCCCCGCCCAAAGCUUUGCGACCAUGGCGGCGUCGGCUGCCGACGAAUUCGUCAAGGGGAACAUCCAUCCCAACGGCGUCGCUGUCAUCACUCUCGACCGUCCCAAAGCUCUCAACGCCAUGAACCUAGAUAUGGACAUUAGAUACAAGAGUUUCCUUGAUGAAUGGGAGGCGGAUCCGAACGUGAAGUGCGUGCUAGUGGAAGGCAGCACUCCUCGCGCUUUCUGUGCAGGUAAAUGAUAGGGGAUUGAUUGUACAGUGUGGUUAAACUCUACUUCGUUCGAUCCAUGUCUAUACCGAAAGCGGCAUUUGUCUAGACUCCUUGUGAUUGUGAAUUUAUGCAGGGUAUUAGUGAAUUUGAGAAUCUGAGUUACAGUUCAGUUCAGUCUCGUAAUCUCAUUUUCUUGUAUGUUGGGGGAUGAUUUUGAGGGUGGCAAUGUAUGAUAACUGCAGGAAUGGAUAUUAAAGGGGUUGUUGCUGAAAUUCGCCAGGACAAAAAUACGCCUCUUGUGCAGAAGGUGCUUUAUGCACUUUAGAGCUACCAUUUCUUUCUGUUUCAUUUCUGUUUGCGUGGUUGUGUUGUGAGCUAUUACGAGCUUCGUUUUGUUUCUGAUUGUGUUGCCUUUUUCUGGUUUUGUUGUUGGUUCAUGGUUUUUAGCAUUCGUUUUAGUGGAUUCAAGUACAAAGAUAGUAGUUUAUUUGCAGGUGGUGAUGUGAAGACUAUUACAACAAAAAAACAACUCUCCGACGUGAUUGAGGUGUUCACUGCAGAAUACUCUCUGAUAUGCAAAAUCGCUGCAUAUAAGAAACCAUAUAUAGCUCUUAUGGAUGGGAUAACAAUGGGGUUUGGACUAGGUCUAUCUGGCCAUGGUCGCUACCGAAUUAUAACAGAGAAGACGCUUCUAGCUAUGCCGGAAAAUGGAAUUGGCCUGUUUCCUGAUGUAGGGUUUUCAUACAUAGCAGCACAAAGCCCAGGAGAAGGAUCAGUUGGAGCUUAUCUUGGAUUGACUGGGAAGAGGAUUUCUACUCCCUCCGAUGCACUAUUUGUAGGCCUCGGGACACACUAUGUCCCAUCUGGAAACUUAGGAUCAUUGAAGGAGGAGCUUUUGGCUGCUAACUUUUCCCAAGAUCCACAUCAUGAUGUCAAAGGACUUAUAGGGAAGUACAAGCAUGACCCUGAGACAGAGGCCCCGUUAAAGUUACUCUUGCCUCGAAUCAUCUCUACAUUUGGUGGACAUAAGUCGUUAAAGGAGAUUAUUGAGGAGCUGAAACAGCAUAAACAGAGUGCCGAUACUAAAGUGGCAGAGUGGGCCACCGAAGCUCUUCAGGGUCUUGAAAAGGGUGCUCCAUUUUCUCUUUGCCUGACACAAAGCUACUUCUCCAAAGUUGCAUCCGCCUAUGGAAGAACCUCCAAUGAAUUAUCAACACUAACUGGAGUAAUGAGAACCGAGUAUCGCAUUGCCUUGAGGUCUUCUCUGCGCAAUGAUUUCGCUGAAGGUGUCAGAGCAGUAUUGGUGGACAAAGAUCAGAACCCCAAAUGGGAGCCACCAAGCCUGGAAGAAGUUGAUCAUAAUGAAGUGGAAUCUCUGUUUAAGCCAUUGGGUUCAGAAACUCCAGAGCUGGAAGUGUAAGUCCUGCCAACAAAGCAUAGUGAUGUUCGCUCCCGACUCUUCGGGCAUCAGUGUCAGGUGUACUUGCGUUCUGAAGGACAGUACAAUGUGACAUCCAUCUGUUGUAAUAAAUCCUCCACGCUUUAUCCACCUUCUAGCAUUGUGCUUAUGAUAUGCCCAUGUUUCGUCUAACAUCGAACGAGUGUGAACUCGUCCCAUUACUUCUUUUGGUGAUUUUCUAUGUUUUCCUCGCGUCGAAAUCCAGCUUUCAAUCCCUUUAAAGAGAGCUGGUAAAUCCGCACAAGCAGGGCUUCGUAUAUAAGUUGGCACUAUGGUUAAACACAAG